CUUGGAAGUACCCAAAAUUUGUCCCUUCAAUCUCUCAGCCCUAUCUGUCGAGACUCCAAUUCCAAUCCAAUUGCCUUCUCCUUCUUCUUCUUCCCUCCGGUUCUUCGUCAAAAUUUAGUCCGAAUUUUUCAAGGUUUCUGUUUUCAGAAUCGUAUGUGAAGUAGACGGAGCAUCACUCUCCUUCUUCCACAUCACUGCCCGAUUUGUCAAACCCUAUUGGGCUCGUUCUCAUGGAUUCCCUUCGUUCCACUUACAGAGACGAAGACGAUGAGGAAGACGAGUCGGUUCGCGCCACCGGCAUCGACCCACCGGAGCUUGCUGAUCCACCAAUGGAUGCCAAUGUCAGUGCCUCCUCAACGGAGCCCCAGGACGGUACCAGACAGGACCCACCCGACGCCUCUGAAGACAUCUCCGAAGAAGAACCCGCCUCCGACGACACUGAGAAAUCCGCUAAGUUGGCGAAGUCCCCAGCGAACGACGACGACGAUGAAGACCCACCUCCCAAGAAGCAGAAGCAGUUGUCUUCGCUUAAUCUCCAGCCUGCGGAAGAACCCAAAUCGCCUUUGCUGGAAUCCACCACUGCUAAGAACAACGGUUCCAGGAGUGCCAAUGCUGCACCGGCGGCAACGGCUUUGAAUCCGAAGAAAUCGAAGAAGAAAAACAAUAAUGUUUGGGUUACAAAGUCGACCCGGAAGGGGAAGAAGAAGAACAAAGCCAAUAACAAUCACAAUGCCCCAGCUGAGGACCCUGUUUUGAUCACUCCAGUUCCGAGGUUCCCUGAUAAAGGGGACGACAAUUCCGAUAUGCAAAUAUGCUUAUCGAAGGUUUACAAGGCGGAGAAAGUUGAAUUGACUGAUGAUAGAAUGAGUGCUGGUAGUACAAAGGGGUAUCGGAUGGUGAGGGCCACUAGAGGGGUGGAGGAAGGGGCAUGGUAUUUUGAAAUCAAGGUGGUGAGCUUGGGGGAGACGGGGCAUACUCGGCUCGGAUGGUCGACGGAUAAAGGGGACUUGCAGGCGCCAGUUGGGUACGACGGGAAUAGUUUUGGAUACAGAGAUAUAGAUGGAAGUAAGGUGCAUAAGGCUUUAAGAGAGAAAUAUGGGGAGGAGGGAUAUAAGGAAGGUGAUGUUAUUGGUUUCUAUAUCAAUUUGCCUGAUGGGGCUCUAUACGCACCCAAGCCGCCGCAUUUUGUUUGGUAUAAGGGGCAGAGGUACAUUUGUGCUCCUGAAGGGAAAGAGGAGCCGCCUAAAGUAGUUCCUGGAAGUGAGAUUUCGUUCUUCAAAAAUGGAGUAUGCCAAGGGGUAGCUUUUACAGAUCUGAAUGGAGGUCGUUAUUACCCUGCAGCUUCAAUGUACACUCUACCCAAUCAACCAAAUUGUGUCGUCAAGUUCAACUUUGGCCCUGAUUUCGAAUUCUUUCCUGAGGACUUUGAGGGGCGCCCUUUGGCACAGCCCAUGGUCGAAGUACCUUACCACGGGUUUGACAACCAAGCCGAAAAUGGAGUUUCGAGUGAGAAAAACACAGUAGUUACCAAGUAGUACCAUUUUUUAACCACACCAACCACUGCCUGAGUUGAUUUUUUUUUCCUUUUAGUUCAUGUGCAUUAGGACUGAUGGAUGGAAGGAUGAGUGGUGUAAAUUUUUCUAGCUACAAUCAGCAGAAGAGAGCAAUUUUCUAUGUGAGAUGUAGAGAGACACAGUGCAGGAUCCCAACAAUAUUUAUAUAAUUUGAUUGGGUUUCUUCCAAUUCCAUAA